AUGGGCAGUGUAUUGGCUGCCAGCUCUCCCAACCCCCCUCCUGCUGUGGGUGGCAGUACCCCAGGAGGGCCCGGGUUGGUAUCCGUACCUCCUGGGUUCACUAUGCCCCCAGUCUCUCCCAUCUCCCCUUCCUCCCCCUCCGGCAGUCCUCCAGGCCAGCAGGGGGAGACAGAGAGCUCACUACCUAAUCCUGGCACUUUUGAAGAGUGCCACCGGAAGUGCAAAGAGGUCUUCCCUGCGCAGAUGGAAGGAGUGAGGCUGGUGGUAAACAAAGGCCUGAGCAAUCACUUCCAGGUUAAUCACACCGUCACCCUCAGCACUCUGGGAGAUUCCAGCUACAGGUUUGGGGCCACCUACGUGGGCUCCAAACAGACCGGACCUUCUGAGUCUUUCCCGGUCAUGGUUGGAGACAUGGACAACGGUGGCAGCCUGAAUGCCCAGGUCAUUCACCAGCUCACCAGCAGGGUGCGCUCCAAGCUGGCUUUUCAGACGCAGCAGCAGAAGUUUGUGAACUGGCAGUGCGACGCUGAGUUCCGGGGAGAGGAUUUCACUGCCACCGUCACCCUCGGCAACCCGGACGUUCUUGUCGGCUCUGGUAUUGUAGUGGCGCACUACCUCCAGUCCAUCACCCCCUCUCUUGCUCUUGGAGGGGAGCUGGUGUACCAUCGCAGGCCUGGAGAGGAGGGCACAGUCAUGUCUCUGGCCGGCAGGUACACAGGUAGUAAUUACAUUGCCACGUUGACUGUUGGUGGAGCGGGGGCGCAUGCUUCGUACUACCAUAAAGCCAACGACCAGCUGCAGGUCGGGGUGGAGUUUGAGGCGAGCACUCGGAUGCAGGACACUAGCGUUUCAUUUGGCUAUCAGCUGGACGUUCCCAAAGCAAAUCUGCUCUUCAAAGGCUCCUUGGACAGUAACUGGGUGGUGGGGGCCACUCUGGAGAAGAAGCUGAUCCCCCUCCCCCUCUCGCUGGCCCUGGGCGCCUUCCUCAACCACCGCAAGAACAAGUUCCAGUGCGGCUUCGGCAUCACCAUCGGCUAGAGGAGCAGGCGCGGCCGAGACCGCGAAACACGGACUGACACCCCGGGAAGACCGACGGGAACAUCGAGCGACGGAGCGCGACAGACCUCACAGAGGCUGGAGCGCGGAGGCCAUCUUACCAUACUGUUCAGACAGCGGGGAACACUUCCACACAGACACGGUCCUUAGGAAACUAUCCAAUUGGCUUUUUUUUGUUUGUUUGUUUGUUUGUUUGUUUUGUUUGUUUUUUUAAUGAGUUUUUUUUUUAAGUUCAGAUUUUUUGUACUUGCAGGCUGUCAGUCAGGGCUCAUGAAGAGUGAAGGAGUUUGUGCUAAUGGUUUGGUCUCGGGGUCAAGUGGGUUGGAAAUACUGUAGAAUGUUUUGAAUCUGUAUUUUUUUUUUCUCUCUCCUCGUAUUAAUUUUCCAAAUGGUACAUAUAUGACAAUAUAUAUUGCCUGUAUAUAUCUAUUAAAAAGAAAAAUGACAUUUCUUACAAAAUCAGAA